AUGAGAAUAGUUCCGGGACCAAAACAGAAAUUUUCGUCUUUAGUUAAGCAAGAUGCAACCACACCUGCUUUCAUUAUAUAUAAAGUGUAUAGAGGUCACAUUGACAUUGAUCAAAUUGGAAGCAUAAAUAUGAGAAAGUGUUUGAUGGCGUCUUCUAAAUUUGAAAGAAAAUUUGCGAAUUCUAACAUUCGUCGGUUCGUUGUAAAAGAAGGUGAUCUCAGAGGUGUUAUAUUUGUUCCUGAACAAAAAGGUUCUUUUAUGGGUGUUAUAGAUUUAGGAGGAGUGAACGGUGGGAUGGUAGAAAUGCGCGCGGCACUACUUUCAAAUUACGGAUUUGUUGUACUGAGCCUAAGUCUCUUUGGCGCUUUCGAUCAGAUAAAAAAAGUUUCUCACGUUGAUUUGGCGUACAUUGAAAGAGGGGUCAAAUAUCUUCUUUGCCACGAGAAAGUUUUUAAAGAUGGGGUCGGGGUGUUGGGAGUUUCAUUUGGAGGAAGCGCUGUAUUGGCUGCAGCAACAUUUGUCAAAGAUAUAAAGUGCGUUGUGAAUAUUAGUGGUCCUCUUUCUGCUUCUGGUUUUACAAAUUUCAAAUAUGGUGAAAAAAUAUGGAUGCCCACGGAAGAAAAGAUUAAUGGACAUCCAGUGAUUGACGGCAUACAGCGUCCAUCGUGCAUGAUACAAACUCCACAAUAUCUAAAAAUUCAUAAGCACUUCCCAGAAUUUCAAAAAUCGGAGGCAUCCAUACUUUUUAUAUACGGCGAAGAUGACAGAUCAGUGAACUGGAAAGAACAGUCAGAACUUGCUAUACAGCUAAUGAAAUCUUCAAACAAGACAAAUUAUGAAAUAAAAUCGUACCCCGGAACUGGCCAUAUGAUCUUUCCCCCAUACGUACCCAUGUUUUCUUUGGCGUAUAUCUUGCCAACGGCCAACUAUCCCACCUACCUCGGUGGUACAUCGAAAGAUCAUGCAUAUGAGGCUAAUGCAUGGAAACACAUUAUCAGCUUUUUGAAAGAACAUGGGAACAAAAUGAGAUAA